CGUAAGUGCCAGCAACACGACAAUCACCACAGCCACCAAUUUCGCUGCGACCUCUAUCCGAAAUUUACCUGCCGUGCCAUCACCAUCUUACAUGGAGAGCCCGUCGCGCCCGUCUGCGCCUGCGUCCUCUUUCGAAGCCUUUUAUAGACAGUCACAGUCACAAUCUCAUUCGCCGAUACGCGCGACUCUCGAAAUGCGUGGCACGCGACUUCGUCAGCAGGCGCCACUGGAGAUACAUGAAGAUCCUCAACAACCAUCAGCCGAGGACGAAAAUGAUACUGUCAUGGAAGAGAGCAGAGAGGUUCUUGAGGAAAGCGGAUGCACGCAAGACGACAGCGAGGACGAGGACAUUGACGACUCUGUGCUUCAAGAUAUUGAGCAAUUCCAGAGGUCUUUCAAGGACAUUGGAAAGAAUUACAGACUUAUCAACCGCAUAGGAGAAGGAACAUUCUCGACCGUUUACAAGGCAGAGGAUCUUCAAUACGACCAGUUCAAAAACGACUGGGAUAUUGACGAGAAGGAACGCUUGAAAUGGCAGUCCCCGUCGCGGAGAGGUCAUCGACCAAGGCCGAAGCGAAGUCGGUAUGUCGCAAUUAAAAAGAUUUACGUCACAAGCAGCCCAAUCCGUAUCCUCAACGAGCUCGAAUUGCUACACGAUCUAAGGGAUUCUGAUUCUGUCUGUCCGCUUAUUACUGCAUUUCGCCAUCAAGACCAAGUGGUAGCCAUUCUACCGUACUUCCAGCAUCGCGACUUCCGGGAGUACUUCCGAGACUUUACCGUUGGUGAAAUGCGACAAUACUUUAAGAGUUUGUUCACUGCUCUGAAAGCUGUCCACAAAGCUGAUAUAAUCCACCGUGACAUCAAGCCUACUAAUUUUCUCUACAAUCCUGCGCAAGCACGAGGUGUCCUUGUGGACUUCGGCCUCGCUGAACGACAAGGAGUCGACUGGCAGGAGUGCCCGUGUAGCUGGACUCCUGAAGAGCGAUUAUACCGGCAUGAGAAUAGUCUUGCUGUUGAAAUGGCUUGCGAUCGUGGGAGUAAUGGUCCUGCUUUAUAUCCAAGAAACGACACUCGUCCUUCAAGACGUGCUAAUCGUGCUGGAACAAGAGGCUUUCGCGCUCCAGAAGUCCUUUUGAAAUGCACAAUGCAAACCUGCAGUAUCGAUAUCUGGUCCGCAGGUGUGAUUCUUCUCACCCUCCUUGCGCGUCGCUUUCCUUUUUUCCACAGUGCAGAUGACAUAGACGCUUUGCUCGAGCUGACAAACAUCCUGGGAAAAAAGAAGAUGGAGGAGACCGCAUACCUGCACGGACAGAUCUUCGAGACAAACAUCCCGUCCUACAGCGAUAAGGGACAUAGUUUUGAAAAAAUCAUAUUAUGGUCUACAAACCGCUCGCAAAAGGAUAAAAACGGCAACCGCACACAGGGUCUGAAAGCAGACGAGAAAGAGGCUGUGGCCUUUCUUGAGCGCUGCAUGGAGUGUGAUCCAAGCAAGAGGAUAACGGCCGAUGAAGCUUUGAGACAUCCUUUCAUUGCUAACGCAGGCAUUGGCGAUGGCGAUGAGGACAUCGAUCUCCUCUGAUUCGUAGAUCAAGCGUAGCUACGGAUUUUGCGUCAACGCAAUUUUAAGCAUUUGGAGUAUUAUACCCGCAUUUGGGCGGCGAAGGAAUAUUGGUUUCUGGAAGGCAUUUUGAACAUCAUGAAUUUCGGUCUUGUCUAAACCUGCAUGUUAGCAUAUCGAACUGCUGUUUAUUUGGUCUAGACACAACUGCUAGGCACGUAGACGAAUUGAAACUUGAGUUUCGAAAUCUGGUGUUCAGG